AGUUCAUGUAUUUAAAGAAAAGUAGGCUGAAGGGUUUGUAUAUAAAUAAACGCGGUUUUAUUUUGCAGUAUAUCGCGUUUAGUGCUAUUCAUUACAGGUCCAGAUACUUUCUGUUUACAUACAACUCAGUUAUUAUUUAUUUCUCUGUUUUUUUUAAGUAAUAGUUUUAUUGGCGGGCCUGCUGCUCGCUGACACUUUCUUUAUUUUACAAUAAAAAACAGCGAGUCGCAGUUACGUAGACCAAAAAAAAAAAAAAAGUCUUGGAGACAUCCCAAAGAAGAGACGCUAAAAUAAAACUGGCAGGCAACAAGAAACGACAACAAGUCGGUCUGGUCCCGUCGGUAUUUCUACGGCUGUUCCUGAGCAGGCUCGUAAACAGCAGCGAGCUGUGUAACAAGAGAUGGGCGGGGAGAGGCGGGCCCCCGGGCGGUCUCAGCGAGGCACAGUGACGGGGGUCCCCCCCCCCCCCGGGUUCACGUAAGGGGAGACCGCGUCCUCGAGUGAACUCCACGGCAGGAGACCAAUAAGGGGCUGCGGCUUCCAGGGAGAAACAACAGAAGCAAACGCGCCGAGCAGAGAGACGGAGCAGCGCCGCGGAGUGCAGAGGAGACGGGAGGGGACGCGUAGUGAACAUAUACUGCAACAAAAACAUAACCACUUUAAAUAACUCUGCAGCAAUAAAAGGGUAUUAUAAACAUUUAUAAUAAACGCACACCAUAUGAUAUAACCCGGGAGUUUGGCAAUUAGGACUAACUACCUGGUCUAAGGUGGGGCUGCUGCGACACACGGAGAGGUGCAGCAGAACAGCCAGCUGUCCACACAGUACACUCUUCCAACUGAGUGAGAAGCCAAGCGCACCCCUGGCCCAAUGAACCGGACCGAGAACUUCCCAGACAUGCAAGCAGGACACCACCACAGCAGCCAGACGUCCGCGGAGUUCCUGGAAGACCUGGGACCUCCCUCCCCGAAUCUGGAGGUCCAAACGGGGGCUCUGUCCUUCACCGACGAAGCUGUGUCCAUCCUGAGCACCAACAGCCUCCUCGCACGCUCCCUGUUCGGCCACACUGCCCCGAAGCGCAAAGACCCCCUCCGGAGGAAACGGGAAUUCACCCCCAACGAGAAGAAGGACGAAGGCUACUGGGACAAGAGGAGGAAGAACAACGAGGCGGCCAAGCGCUCCCGGGAGAAGAGGCGCGUCAACGACAUGGUGCUGGAGAACCGCAUCCUCGCGCUGCUGGAGGAGAACGCCAGGCUCAAGGCUGAACUCCUGGCCAUCAAAUUCAGAUUCGGGCUGAUCAAAGACCCUGCGGAGACCGCUGUCCUGCCAGCCCAGCCUUUGAGGUACCACCCCGAGGCGGCCGGACCCCCCUCCCAGCCUCCCCACCCCUCCCAGCCUGGUUUUUUCCCCAGGGCAAACGGUCCUUGCGUGGCUGCAGAGAGUCGUUCUCAUCCCUACCUCCAGGGGUCCGGGCACCGCUCCGUGAACCGCGAAACCCCCUGCUUCUCGGAAGACUCUGGGUUUUCCACCCCCGGAAGCUCAAGCGUUGGCAGUCCGGUGUUUUUUGACGAGCGCCUUGGCGAGCAGGAGACCCAGAUGAGAGUGGAGGAGCACAGCUUUCAAGGGCACCCCUGUCCUGGGAGCAGUGACACUGAAGCAGAGCCGGUGGCGGCAGCGGCGACUGGAAGGCACUAUCCUGGCCAGGUCCCCCGCUCUGGGAGGCUCGAUCUCGGGGAAGGGUUGAAGUGCUUGCCCCAUAAGUUGCGGUUCAAGUCCGCCAGCGGGCUGGAACUGGAGUCCGCUCCACUGGAAGCGAUACAGAACCGGAGCAGCCUAGUUCACACAAGCGUCCUGAGAGAGCCAAUGAGAGAACAGUCGAGAGAGCAACCCCGCCCCUUCCCCCAGCCCCACAGCCAAUCAGAAUGGGUAGUGCCGCCCAUUUGGAGAAACCAAGCGGUCGCCGGCGAGGACCCCAAGCAGGGGCUGCCCUGCCAGGUGCCUGAAGACCCCCAAUACUGUGGGCAGCAGGGAGCGUACCCCAACGCCAGCCCCGAUGAUCCCUUGUACCGCGCCGAGAACACAGCCCUCAAAUCCCAGCUCACAUCCCUCUCGGAGGAAGUGGCACAGCUGAAGAGGCUGUUCUCCCAGCAGCUGUUCACUAAAACCAACUGAAAGACUUGAACCAGCUGGACGCUUCUAGCAUCCCCACGCUGUCUGGGCAAAUAUCUCUGUACAGCUGCAGCACAGCAACAUACAACAUAGCUCUUAUACCUGUCAGACACGGCGCACACAGUCCCAGGCAAUGAGCAUGAAAGCAAGAAUCCCAUUGAUACUCAUUUGAAUAAAAAGAAUUUGUGAGCACUGAAGUGAACAGGGAAAGUAAAACUCAAAACAGGGUUCCAAAUUACACAACGUAUUUCUUCCCAAAAAGAACGGUGAUGGGAGUAGGGAGGGUGGGGGCAGGACAGAAACUUUAGGGAAACUUGCACAAUGUGUUAGUCAACAGUCGGGUCUGUAUGCUUAUCUUGGCCUGCGCCACGGCGAGAGAAGCAUCUGUAGAAUACAGUGUUAUCUCUGAAGUGUUUGACUGGAGGACUCUGCUGGAAUGCCACGUUGGUUUGUCAUGAGACAGCACAUACUUGCUAAAGCUGUCACCGCUGUCGGGUCUAAUGUGAAACGGUCAGGUCAUAUCUAGGAGCUGUGCAUAGGAUUCGAAAGCAGUUUGAUGCCCUUAGUUCAGUUACCACACUACAUAACAAAUAAACAGAUAUCUUGGUGGAGAUGCUUUUGAAAUUCAAUGGGCAAACUGUUCUGUAUAAAGAUAGACUAUAUAUAUUUGUUUAUUUAGCAGACGCCUUUAUCCAAGGCGACUUACAGAGACUAGGGUGUGUGAACUAUGCAUCAGCUGCAGAGUCACUUACAACUACGUCUCACCCGAAAGACGGAGCACAAGGAGGUGAAGUGACUUGCUCAAGGUCACACAAUGAGUCAGUGGCUGAGGUGGGAUUUGAACCGGGGACCUCCUGGUUACAAGCCCUUUUCUUUAACCACUGGACCACACAGCCUCCACAAUAGAUAUAUAUUUGGAGAAUAUGUGAGGCUGUACUGUAAAUGUUUAUGACAGGUGAAAAUGCAGCUGUAUUGGACAGAAUAUCUCAAUCCAUACCCUUUUUGUACUUAAGUAAAUAAACCAUUUUUUAACUGCU